AUGGAGCAGUUUAUCGACAUUGUCUACCAGUACUUCCCCAUAUUGGAUACCCUUCGCAACAUGGAUAGGCCCCAAGGAGCUGCUGCGAACAGUGAUAUUCCACCUUCAAAUUUGUCACCUGUCGAAAAUUUCCUUCGGAACAACCCCGAACUAUACCGAGGGCUGGAAAAGGCUGCACUAGCACCUCUUCGUGUAGAAGAGGAUCUUCGGCGUCGACUACAACGCCUGAAGCGGUCUGAGGAGUUAAUGGGCUUAGAGCUGGCUAGGAAGAAAUCAGAUAUUCGAUCACUCACACAGCAGAUACAGGCACUGAAUUUUCAGCCAAACAUUAUCUGUGAUGACGAUAUCGCACAGAAUAUGGGCCGUCUCCUUCAGCGACUUAGAAACUGGAUCAAUGUUCACUUUCGGAACCCAGAUAAUCUGGACAAAUUGGCUCAAGAUCUUGAGCACAAUGGAUCAACGUUUAUUCCUAAAGGCCCCCAUGAGAUUCGAGCGUUUAUCGCCUCUACAGUCAGUCAAACUCUGUUUGAGCGCAUAUUCAGUUCAUACCUACUAGGGAUACCCAAUGAAGAAUCGGGAAGAUUCGCGUCUAUUGCAGCGACAUUGCGGGAGAACUGCCCCGAGCAUGUUGAGCAUCGCUGGCGCACGGCAACAAGCAUAGCCGUAGAGAGACUUUCAGAUGAGCCAAGCGAUAUCAACACUGUGGUCGCUCAAGUCGAGAUGAAUUUUACGCAAUACUUCUCUGUUGAACCGCCCAUUGCGGGCAUGCGCUUGUGUCCCCUUGGCCGUUAUCAUUUCUUUCACAGUUCCCCCGGAACCAUCUUCAACCGAAACCAUAUGCGGCAAGCUAUACCUUUCCAGGAGCUUGCAGGUCGCGUCCAAUGCACGCUGUGGCCUGGCGUGUACAAAGAAUUGACGAGCGGGGCCCUGGUUGUAAUUCCAGAGACAGUCCUGGCUGAGAAAGACGCAGGACAUGAGAGCUCAACUGAUAUAGAGGUGCCAGAAACUCUAGUGCCAGAUUUACAGGAUGCGUUAGAUGAACUAUCGGACAGUGUGGAGAGGGUUGAUGAUGAUGUUUCCUCCAGGGACUUGGCCCUGGACGCUGAACUUGGAGGAGAUCCUGAGUGA